UGGGAGAUAGUGAGGAGGGGGGGGGGGAGUGCGACCAUGAUGGAGGCUGCGGGCUCGGCCCUGGACAAGGCUCCGGCCGACCUUUCUGUCACGGAUGUUUACGACAUCGCGGCGCUGGUGGGCCAGGAGUUCGAGCGCAUCAUCGACACGUUCGGCUGCGACGCCAUCGCCAAGCUGCUGCCCAAGGUGGUGCGGGUGCUGGAGAUGCUGGAGGGGCUGGUGGGCCGCGACCGCAACAACCCCGAGCUGGGGGAGCUGCGCCUGGAGCUCGGCCGUCUGCGGCUGGAGAGGGGCGAGCGCAUCGAGAAGGAGCGCAAACACCAGCAGGAGCUGGUGCUGGUGGAGGAUGUGUGGAGAGGUGAGGCCCAGGACCUGCUGUCACAGAUCGCCCAGCUUCAGGAGGAUAACAAGCAGCUGAUGACGAACUUGUCCCACAAAGACAUGCAUCUCACCGAGGAAGAAAUCCUCAGGCAGGAAGCCGGAAUGUCAGAGAGAGAGCGCCUGGUGAUGAAGAAGCUGAAGGAGGUCGUGGACAAACAGCGGGCCGAGAUCCGAGCCAAGGACCGGGAGCUGACACUGAAGAAUGAUGACGUGGAGGCUUUGCAGCUGCAGCAGAACCGGCUGAUGCGAAUCAACCACGAGCUGCGGCACAAGGUGACGGUGAUGGAUGCGCAGGGCAAGGGGCUGAUCGAGCAGAAGGUGGAGCUGGAGACCAGGCUGCAGACCAGGGAGCAAGAGAUGGGCAAACUACGGCAGAGGGCCCAGGGCAGGCACCUGGAGAACGGCGCCCACCAGGGACCACCGAUGGAGGGGGAGACGGUGGGGGAGGAGGAGGUGCCCCUGGGGGAGGCGUCCCCGGCGGAUGGCAGCGAAGCCAACCAGCCGCGCUUCACGCUGCAGGAGCUGCGUGACGUCCUGCACGAGCGCAACGAGCUGAAGGCCAAAGUGUUCAUGCUGCAGGAGGAGAUGGCGUACUACCGCAGUGAGGAACAGGAGGACAGCACCGGCUGCAUGGACCCCCCGCCCCACCCACCCGUGCAGCCCCGCCCAGCAACGCAGCCCGACUCCGGCAUCCGCCGGCUGUUUAAUUUAUUUUCACGAGACAAGCGAGCGGAGAGCCGCCUGCGGAUAACAGGAUCGGCUGGGACUUGGGCAGAUUCAGACCAGGAUGGGGUUGUCACAGAGCAAGGACAAGAGGCUCUGCCACAUCUAUAACCCAUUGCUGGGCUAGCAAGGCCAACAACCACCUCUCAAUCCAGAGAACAUUUAAAUAUUGACAUUCACAAAUCUAACCAAGCCCAAGUAACGCUGGUUGGAGUGGACAGUCUGUUGGAGAACUGUUGUCAUGUAAUCACUAACCAUGUUCGGGAAAGGUUAAUCAAUGUGUGGAGAUCAUUGUAUUGCAGUAGUAACAAUAGAUUUGUAACUUGCAGUAUUAUAUCCAAACCCAAAGGAC